CCUCUUCCACCUCCGGUUCUGGAAGGGGACAAAGCCACUCCCACAGCCAAGGAAAGAAAAAAAGGUUCUGCUUGCAGUGUCUGAGCAUUCCCAGCUGGAAGUCGCCCUCCUCCAGCGGCGGGGACAGCGCGGCCGAGCGCGCGCUGAAUGUUCCCGUCCUGGGCGAGCGGGACCCUCGGGCUGGGCUGAGCCAGCCACGGCAUCCCGCACCCCCUUGCCGCCUUCCCGCAUACCGUGCCGCUGAGCGGGCCUUUCGCUGGCCACACGAUGGCACAAGAUGCCAGAAAUUCGUGUUUCAAAAACCCACGAGUCCCAUCCCGGGCGGGCUCGGGGCUGCUGAGGUGCCGGUGAAGUUCGUGCCGCUGCUCUCUCUCUCCAUCCUUCUGGAGAAGCCCAGGAAUUGCUGUUCAGCGCCUCUGCGGCUGUGAACUUUUUUUAGGAGCUGUGGGAUGUGGUGCCCGUCGUACCAAAGGGUGGAGCAGAGGGCGGGAAUGACGUGAGAGAAUUGGAGACCUCGGUCUGGGGGACCUGCGGGUGCCUGCAGGACCCUGGGGCUGGUCUGAAGGCAGGUGAGGCCAGCGCAGCUGAUGGGGCCCGGAGAGAGGCUGGAGGGUGUUGCUGUAUCCCGGGAUCCUCCUCAUCUGCACGUUCCAGGGCCCCGGGUGGGUCCCGAUUGCCCGCUGUCCCUCAGCCCGAGUGUGUCCCUCCCGCACACCCAGCUGGUUUCAGCUGGCUCCACUCUCCCCAUCCCUGUUUGCUGGCUUGUCCCACAGGGACCCCAAUUCCUCCCUUGGAACGCCUUCCUUUCCUCUUGGCUCUGCAGUUCAGCUUCUCGUCCAUCUCUUGGGGCUCCCCAGAGUCCUCAGCCCUGCAGUGAAGCCAAACCCUCCCUCUUCACCUGCCGGCCACAUUUUCCCUCCAGUACCUCCAAGAGCUUCCCACUUCCCCCCAGUGCACUGCAGAGCCCUCUGCUCACUCCCAGCUCUCAGGAUUGUGCAGGUGCAGCUUUCAGUGCAUCCCCCUUGGUUGCCUCUGGUGCCACCAAGAGCAUCCGGACCCUCCCAAGAUUCGAACAAAACCGGGGGAUGCUGCUUCCAGCCCAGCUGAAAAGUGUUUCCAUUUUUCCCUCCUCAUUUGGGGCUUGGAGCAAUCUGGUCCAGUAGAAGGGAUCUCUUCCUAUGGCUGGAGGGUAGAACGGGGUGGGUUUUAAGGUCCCUCCCAACCCAAACUGGUCUGGAAUUCCAUUAUUUUGAGAUAGAUGUAACAAAAUGAGGUCCCGGGGUCCUGAUCCCAGGAGUAUCCCUCCUGUAAACUGAAAUUCCCUUUGCAGAAAGCCUGUGGGAUGUAGAUGAUCCCAGCACACCUCAAGGGGUGGAGGAAAAAGCUGCUCACAGGUGUUUCAGAGCCAGACAGAACCCCUGCUCCCCUCAGAACCGGGCUGGGGGCGAGUUCCAACUCUGCUGCAGGCUCUGGGAGAGGAUUGAGCUGUGGGAAAGGGAUAGGCAUGGAUCUUCUGGCCUCGAGGCAUGAAAAUGACCUGGGAUGCCCCCUGUAAUUUCCAUUCCUGUGUGACCCCCUGCCCUGUGCCGGCAGAGCCCCCCGGCAGCCGCCGAUGGAUCCCAGCGCGGAGCCAUGGGCAGCUCCUUUUCCCCCGGGAGAGCGGGGACAGGAGCGGGAGCUGCCGCUGCUGCCACUCCCGGGAAGAGUCUGGGAGGGGAAUCGGCAGGAAAACAGGCUGGGAACACCAGCGGCACCGGGAAUCCAUCCCAGGGCUGCAAAACCACGGUACCGCCUCACCUGCUGCUCUCAGCACAGCGCGCAAUUGUGAGGGGAUUUCUGAAACCGGGGCUAUCUGGGGCUGUUUUCCCUUGGCAGAUGCUGCUGUGCCGUCCCGCGGAGCUGCUGGGCACCACCUGGGUGCUCCUCGCAGGGCUGCUGGUGUCAUUCCCUCCAGCUCUGGGAGCAACGGGAGCUGUCCACAGAGCCACUGCUGUGGGAUCCUCGGUGCUGCUCCCUGGGCCGGAUAAUGUCACCCACAGCAAUUCCGUGUGCUGGGAGUUCCUCAAUGGCACCGGCCCCCAGCCCAUCCUGCAGCACAGAGUGGGGGCCCACGCCCCAGCCAUCCACGCUCCCUACGCAGGACGAGCCGUUUUCCAUCCAUCCAAUGGAUCUCUGCUGCUGGAGGAUGUCCAGGAAAGUGACAGUGGCACCUACAGAGUGACUGUCAACACAGGAGACAGGAAGAGCCUGGAAAUCCAGCUGGAUGUGCUCCAGCCUGUGUCCCGCCCUCAGCUCCGGACCAGCAGUCUCCUGGCUCGGGCCACUGGCCAGGUUAUCUGUGAGGUGGCAGAGGGCAGAGUGGACACCAUCACCUGGAAGAAGGAUGGGCAGCCCCUUCUCCCAGGCAGAGUUUCCCAGCUGUCCAGCAGCCACAGUGUUCUGUACCUGAGGCCAGCCAAUAAGUCAGACUGCGGCUCCUAUUCCUGCAAUGCCAGCAACGGGAUCAGCUGGCAAGAAACCUCCCUGGAGGUCACCAUUGAAGGUCUCUCCCGUCGCUUGAAGCACACCCUGAGGAUUGCGGUGGUCGCUGUGGUCUUUGCUGUUGUCUCAGCGUGGGGAUUAAUUAUUCCCGUCUGCCAGUCCGAAAAGCUCAGGAUAAGGGGGGAGCUCUGGAGGUGGCUCAGCUCCUACAUCUGUGGGCUGGUGUGCAUUGCCUGCAUCCUGGAUGGCACCGCUGGCAUCCUCUGGAUGUGGGAGGAAGGCCCUUCUGCGGCUGUCAUACUGCCCGAGAUCACCCUCAGCUACCUCACCGUGGUGACCUUCCUGGUUGCCACCACUGUGAUUUUCCAGCCUACAGAUUUCAGCCAUCUGAAGAGCAAAAAGGCACAGCGCACCAUGGGCUACGCCGCGCCGGGGGCCGUGGUGGCCGUGGUGCUGAGCAGCACCUUCCUCAUCAAGAGCAUCUACCACCGCCAUGAAGAAGGAUGCGCCAAGUUUCUGGACAUGACCAUCCUGGUGUGCAGCGCAGCAGCCGUGUCAGCCCUCCCACUCCUCGUCAUUGGCCUCUGCUAUUUGUCUUUUGGAUAUCGCAUGGCUCAGGGCUGGAGCAAGGACCGUGAUGUCUGUUGGGUGGACAAAGCCAGGUCCUUCGAAAUGUCUCAGCCACGCACCAAGGACACCACUCCCUGCUGAGAUCCAUGUGGGUGUCUCUCACUUGGCUGGGCCAGCCCAAGCCUUCCCCCAGGUUUAGUGGGUUCAGGAGUCUCAGGUUUGGUUCCUCUGUGAUCUUCAUAAUAAAU